UGUAAUUUAUUUUCCUAUGGAUUGUUAUUAAAUGCGAUGGGAGUUACAUUCAAAGCUGGACCAAUUCCUGGCAUUAUCGAAUCUGUUCUCUACAAUACAAAUGCAGAAAGUUUGCCAGCUAACAUGAAACUCUUUCUUGAACGCUACUGCAAGGUUGAAAAAUUCAUUAUGAAAGUUUUCAAACGGACCGAAGUUCUGAUGUACAUGUCUGAGCAUUUUACGAGACCUCUAACUUUGCUUUAUGCGAUGGAAAAAAUUCGUUUUCGUAGCCAGGAAAGUAUGACAAUUCACGUGGUUGGUGCCAAUAAUUUCGAAGAAGUGGGCCAACAAGCCUGGGAAGUUUUAAUGCAUUGGUUGCCGAAUUUAAUUUUUUUACGGGUAAUUUUAAUCGGUCCGGAGUGUGCAACAGUGAAUACGCAGGUUACAAUUUGCAAAAUUUGCAAUGCUAAGGAAAAAAAACUGUAUGUUGAAUCGUAUGGAUUAUUGUAUAAGGAUUAUUUCGAAGGCAGAAUCUUCACAAAACCUGACAUAGUGGUAGGCUUUAAUGCUGGUCUUAGAAUUUAUAACACCUGGACCGAUUCUCUUUUGAUGCUAACGAGAGUUAAAUGUCCCUUCAUUUUAACGACAUUCUGGGAAGAAGAAAUAGACAUAGAUCACGAAAUUAUGCUCAAAACCUUUGGUCACUUUGCGAGGUACACGUAUCGAGAAAAGAAUCCUUUUGCAAGUUUAAGGCCGUACAGAGAUGUUGUAAACAUUAAAGUAUUUUCCCGCAACUGUGGUAUAUUGAUUUACACGAAACUGGGACAAAAUCAACUUGAAACCAAUUUCACUAACUUGCUUCUCGGUAAUCAGAUUAAUGAUAAAGGAAUACAGCCUCUAAAUAUGAAAAUCGAACAAAGAAACACUCAAUUUUCAAGCUCAGUUUCGGAAGAAAUGUGGUGAAGAAUUUCCAAAGAGGUUUCAGGAAAGAAAAAAGUAUCUGGUGAUUUAAAAGAUGUAAAA